UCUGCGUCUCUCUACGUCAUCUAGCCGCCUAACUCGAUUGUUCCAUAGACGGAAUUACCCGCAUCACUCAAUGAAAUGCAAUUAUUGAUUACGCUGCUCCUCUCUCCGUAUCCCCCCCUGCAUCCCUCCCUCCCAUCCUCCAUCUCUCUGCCGCCGUCUCCUCUUCUGAAGUGCUGCGACGAGAGAGCACUGCGUCGGGGAGGGGGGGAAAAAAACCACGCUGCGCUCCUCAGCUAAGUCGGAUCCACUUCUAUUGUGGAAAAAAUAAACACCGACAAGGUUUGUUCCACCUCCAGCUAUGGGUAUUAAAGAGCUCUAUCUACUUUUGUCACCAUAAAUGAAGACCCACUGAGAUCACGACUCCAAGUGUAAAGUCGGACCCCCUGCUUGUCACCCUUGUAUUCCAAUCGACGCGGUCAGAAUGGAGGACACAUACAAUAACAGGACUUCCCUGGUCAAAGGUGCUAAGGACAUAGCCAAGGAGGCAAAGCGGCAGGCAGCAAAGAAGGUCAACAAGGUGGCGGACCGUGCUGCCGACGAGUAUUCAUCCCACCACAACUACACACGAUUCCAGGAUGAGGAGGUGGACGAUGAGGAUUUCUACAGGAACCCGCCGAGGCAGGGCGGAGAGGGUUACCAUGACAACGACGAGGGCUCCAGUGAUGCCACCGAGGGCCACGACGAUGAGGACGAGAUCUACGAGGGCGAGUACCAGGGGGUCCCCUCCACGGGGGACAGGAAGCACAAGGAUGGCCAAGUGGCCUUGGGGCAACCCAUGUCAGACGCAAUGAGGGACCGAAAGGAGCUGGAACAGGAGCGACAGGCCGAUGAGGAGGAGCUGGCUCAGCAGUACGAGCUGAUUAUCCAAGAGUGUGGCCACGGGAGGUUCCAGUGGCAGCUGUUCCUGGUGCUGGGAUUGGCACUCAUGUCUGAUGGCGUGGAAGUGUUCGUGGUGGGUUUCGUGCUUCCAAGCGCAGAGACCGACAUGUGUGCACCCAACUCCAGCUCUGGAUGGUUAGGGAGUAUCGUUUACUUGGGGAUGAUGUUUGGCGCAUUCUUUUGGGGAGGAAUGUCUGACAAAGUUGGCCGCAGACAGUGUCUCCUCAUCUGCAUGUCCACCAAUGGCUUCUUCGCCUUUCUCUCGUCGUUUGUCCAGGGAUACGGCUUCUUCCUUGUUUGCCGCAUCGCCGCCGGGUUCGGGAUAGGGGGGGCUGUGCCCAUUGUUUUCUCCUUCUUUGCAGAGGUGUUAUCCAGGGAGAAAAGAGGCGAACACCUCAGCUGGCUGUGUAUGUUUUGGAUGAUUGGCGAGAUCUACGCGUCGGCCAUGGCGUGGGCCAUUAUUCCGCACUAUGGAUGGAGUUUCAGCAUGGGCUCGGCGUACCAGUUCCAUAGUUGGAGGGUGUUUGUGGUCGUCUGCGCCCUGCCUUGUGUGUGCGCGGUGGUCGCACUUACUUUCAUGCCUGAAAGCCCCAGAUUUUACCUUGAGGUGGGGAAGCACGACGAAGCCUGGAUGAUCCUCAAGCAAAUCCACGACACCAACAUGAGAGCACGCGGGCAGCCCGAGAAAGUCUUCAGCGUGAACAGGAUAAAGAUCCCAAAGCAGCUUGAUGAAUUGGUUGAAAUGGAGUCACAGUCUGGAAAUCCAGUUUCCAAAGCUAUCUUCCGGAUGAAGGCUGAAAUCCAUGGGAUCUACCUGAAUCUCAUGAAGUGUUUCAACUACCCGAUGCGAGAAAACAUGAUGCGACUAGCCAUAGUGUGGUUCACACUGUCCUUCGGGUAUUAUGGUCUGUCGGUGUGGUUCCCUGAUGUCAUCAAACAUCUCCAAGCGGACGAGUAUGCCUCCAAAGUACAAAUACAUAACAACGAACGCAUCGAAGACUUCACCUUCAACUUCACGCUGGAGAACCAGAUUCACAAAAACAGCCUUUUUAUCAAUGAUCGAUUCAUCAACAUGAAACUCAAAUCUGUCACCUUUAUCCACUCGACCUUUCGCAACUGCCACUUCGAUGAUGUCACCACAGUGGGCUCCUAUUUCCAUAAUUGCACUUUCGUCGACGCAUUCUUCUUCAACACAGACAUUGACGACUCCAAGCUAAUCGAUGGCACUGAGGUGGUCAACAGCACGUUCACGCACAACAAGACGGGAUGCCAGAUGACCUUUGAUGAUGAUUACAGCGCCUACUGGGUUUACUUCAUCAACUUCUUGGGAACCUUGGCGGUUCUCCCCGGGAACAUCGUGUCUGCGCUCCUCAUGGAUAAAACGGGACGUCUGUCUAUGCUAGGUGGCUCCAUGGUGUUGUCUGGCAUCAGCUGCUUCUUCCUGUGGUUUGGUACCAGUGAGUCCAUGAUGAUUUUCAUGCUGUGCCUUUACAACGGCCUGAGUAUCUCUGCCUGGAACUCCCUGGACGUCGUCACAACUGAAUCCUUCCCGACUGCCAGAAGAGGAACAGGCUUCGGGUUCUGCAACGCCCUGUGCAAGAUGGCUGCCGUCUUGGGGAACCUGAUUUUCGGCUCUCUGGUUGGCAUCACCAAGGCCAUCCCCAUCCUCAUGGCGUCGUCGGUGCUGGUGACCGGAGGUCUGGUGGGUCUGCGGUUGCCGGACACCAGGGACAAUGUCCUCAUGUAACACCAGCUGGAGGAGAAAGGAGUGCUUGGAUGAUACAUAUCUUUAAGUAUUUUCAUCAUAUUUAACUUCCAGACCAGUCGUCCUCAAACUUAUACAAAGUACCAUCUCAGAAAAAAAAGUACCACCAUAAUAGCCACCAUUAAAAUACAGAAGGCUUAAGGAUUCAUUAAAACAAGGCAUAAGUUUUAUUUAAAAAGUACAUUUGGUAUUGUAUCAUUACAUUCAGUUCGAACAGUAACACUGUGUUUGAAAAUUUAAUUAAUUGGCGUACCACUAGUGUAGGGGUGCCCUUUGCAUUGAUCGCGAGGUACCAGUCGAUCGCAGAGGGUGUUUCAGUCAAUCGCCAGCCAAAUUAGCGAUUAUCAAUUUUCACAAAGACGUCAGUUUCGUCACUUGAUUGAUAUUCACGGCACCCAAGGUUCUUGUGAGGCCAGAUCAUUGUUAAGAAAAAAAUUACCAACAGGAAGGCGAGAAACACUUCUAUUUCAACAGACUCUCGUGCCGUACCUGAUAUCAAAACUCUAAAGACCGACUGCACAGUUCCUGCCCUCACAAUAAAAGCGCUGCUCCGUCCUGCCUGCGCUAACAAAAUAAGAGUCUCAGAAAGCCAGUGCACACGAGCUAGCAAGCUAUGGAGUUUGCCACCGAUGUAUUUCUUGUAAAGUGUAUAAAAAGGAGCAAGGAAGCUGGACAAAUAAGAUGGCAAAAAGCAACCAUUUUCAUGUGGUAUUGGAUAGAAAGGACUUUUUUUCCCCUCCAUUUGAAAAUGUGGACGCUAUCAUCACUACUGUCUGAUUUCAAUCAAUGCAAGUCCUCAGAAUCAGGUAAUACACCAACUUAUAUUCUUGUCUUAAUGAAAGAAAGGAUUUUAUAUGUGUUAAACAUGUCACAUGUGACGAACCCCAAGAUGCAGAGAAAGCAGGCUUGGUGCAGGAAAACAUAAUUUAAUGUCAAAAAUACAUUUAAAACACAAACCAGAAACUAGGAAUAGCCAAACUGAAAACAGGAACCAGCAAACAGAAAAACUGGAAACAGCUAAUGGCUAACAAGAUCUAGCAAAUGGGAAAACACAGAACAAUUAGGAACUAUCAAACAGUAACAGCUUACCACAAACAACAAGUAGUACACAAUAACAUUGACAAGUCGUAAUGACAAUACUCCAGCCCUGACUGGAGGACAAAGCAGGUUUAAAUAGCAUCUUGCUGAUUGACACCAGGUGUGGCCAGGUGUCAAUCAGCCACAGUUGAGAGGAAACAGCGCUCUGGGAGACAAGCAGGAAAUAGCCAAAAUAAGAGCGCAGACAGGAAAUAAAGUCAGAGGAAAAAACAAAACAUAACUAAACUGUGAGUGACAAACCUGACAAAACAUGCUUGUAGUAUUAUUAAAAACUUUUAACUUGCUAACAAUAAUGUCUAUUUCAUGAAUAGAUAAGUAUAAAUUAUAUAUAUGAAUGAGGUAGAUCCUUUUGUCUUGGUCAAUUGAAAAGUAGCUCGCCUGCAGAAAAAGUGUGGGCCCCCCUGCACCAGUGGUACACGUACCGCAGUUUGAGAAUCACUGUUGCAGGCAAUCGCAACAGUACAAGUUAGUAAGUUACACGUAUUUUCCUGUCCAAAAAAUAUUUUUUUUAUUACAUUCAAGGCAGGAUUCUAGCUGCAUUGGGCAUCUUCUGCGGCGUUAUCACAUCGCUUAAGCUCAAGGCUUUAAUAUUAAUAGUCUUAUUAAGAGGAGCCAGAUGGGGAGAAAAGUGCAAAACAAGCCGUAAUGAGCUCAUCCAGCCUGCUGGGCGAUAACGGAGGGAAUAGAUGAUCAGACAGAGCGGACGCACAAAGCAGAUGCACGGCAGCUGGUUUUCCCCGGAAACACACAUGUUGAACACAGUUGCAAAACACACACACAAAAGUAGCCCGCCUUUACAUACGUCCAGCCUGGACUGUGCCCGACUUUGCUCGCAACCUCUCCAGAGUAGACGCACAAUAGGUCACCAUUAAACUACCGAUCUGACAACGCUAUGCGUUGCAAUGAUGGCAGCGUGAAUCCGAUCCUUCAUUACAGUAUUGUCCAACUACACUUAAGAAAAAAUGUCUCUUCUGGUUUUGCUUGGUGUUUUGUUUGUUAACCGACUGUGAUAAUGACACGCCGUCCUGCUUUCCUCUCAGGGGACAAAAACAAACAACUACUUAGAUCGGGAGUGUCAAACUUAUUGAAGAUUGGGGGCCACGUGGAGAAAAAUCUACUCCCAAGUGGGCCAGACUGGUAAAAACACGGCAUGAUAACAUAGAAAUAAAGACAAUUUAAGAUUUUUUUCUUUGUUAAAAAAUAGAACAGGCACAUUCUGAAAAUGUAGAAAUCAUAAUGUUUUUUUGUUUUUUUACACUUACAUGUUGCGGUUAAUAGUAGUCUACCUUUUAUUUGUCGUUAUUUAUACUUUCUGAAUAAAUUAUGUGAUAAUGUUCAACAGUCAACUCAUUGGUAUUCAUUUUCAAUUUAUCAAGAUAAAAAGGUCGUUUAAAAAUCUAAUUACAGUAUGUAAUUUAUGUAGUUUGCUAAUUUUCCUCAACUGAUGAGCUGUGAUCGUGUGGUUUAUUUUUUUCAAACAUAUUUGGAAUCAUCUACAUCAGGGGUCUCAAACUCAAUUUGCCCGGGGGUCACUGGAUGCAGACACUGGGUGAGGCUGGGCCGCAAGAAAAGAUUACUUAAAAAUUCUAACAUGCACGUUUAAUGGAUUCACUUUCUUUGAACGGCUUACCCAUCCUAGUAACAUUUUUCCAAGGGACACCCAAAUUUAAAUGCAUCUCUCGACAAUUUCCCGGGGUAAGCAAUGCCCAAUUGUAAGUCCUGAUUAAAACCCAGUUAACAAUUCCAUAAAAGUUCCGUGUUAGCGCUGCCAUUACCGCCUUUUAUACUACAUGUCAUCGCUAUCGACUUAACAUCAUAUGAUAUGGCGUGGCGGCCUACUUAU